AUGCUUGCCCUCCGCUACCAGUGUCGCCACCCUAGGACCGUGUCCUCAAUUUAUCAGGUCAAACUGUUUCAGGCUAUGUUUUUGUUGGCAUUUCAUGGGUUUCUUCGCAUUGGAGAGAUUGCGGUUGAUGGUCGAUCACCAGACAAUUUUUAUUUCGGAUUCGAUACCGCAAGAUACAAGUCGCACAGUUUCCGCAUCGGAGCUGCCUCAGAGUCAGCACGACAGGGUUAUUCGGACAACCAGAUCAGACAGAUGGGUCGGUGGAAAUCUGAUCAAGAGCUAAUAAUACUCUAA